AUGGACGAGAAUCGAGCUAGGAGGAGUAAAUUCGUCGAAUCGCUUAAGCAUGCGGUGGAUUUAGAGCAGAGAACCGACUCAUCGGAGAUGUCUGCUUAUUUAGAAUCAUAUUCAGCAAAAAGACUAUCUCGUUUGGGGUUAGCUGUGAUCAACUUGAUUAUAGGCCAAAUGAGAACAGGCCUAGGUGGGAAAACUUUGAUUACAUUGGAAUUGGAUCCUGCCUUGAAAAAUGGUGAAACUUUCAAUAGCAUCCAAAUGGGUUCUAUUAGAGUAGGAGAUAUUGUGAAACUUGAGAGGAUGGACAGCACGAAAUCAUCCGAGGAACGGGACGUUAUUAGGAAGGGUGGUGAAAAAAGAACAGAAAGUGACGAUUUGGAUUGUGUGGUCACAAAAAUCACAUCCGAUUCUGUGACAAUAGCUGUUGAAGAGGAUUCUUCUGAUGAAAAAGUUCUAAACAUGUAUAACAAUACUUCUAGUGAAAAUCCACGAGUAUGGAUUGUCAAGCUUUCCAAUUCAAUAACUUUUAAGAGGAUGAUAACUGCUUUGAAUAAAAUGAAAGAGCUACCAUACGACAAAACGAACGAUGUUAUUAGAAUGUUGUUGGGGGAACUCGAAUAUCAGCCAUGGAAGACAGAAUGCGACUCAAACUUAAAUCAGUUUUUUGAUUGCCAAUUAAACGAAUCUCAGAAAGAAGCAGUUAAUUUCGCAGUUCACAGGUCUCCCAUAUCUAUUAUUCACGGUCCACCAGGUACCGGAAAAACUUAUACUGUCAUAGAAACAAUCAAGCAAUUAGUAUUUAAUAAUCAGGAGCGAGUAUUAGUCUGUGCUCCUUCAAAUAUUGCAGUCGACACAAUUUUGGAAAGACUUUCGCCGAUGUUUAACAACCAUGCAUCUACAGAGAAAAAGGGCAAAAGACUGAGAUCUGCUCUAAAGAGUGUUCGGAAUCCAGAUAAACUAAUUCGAAUAGGUCAUCCUGCUAGGCUCAUUCAAGGAAACUUGAAACAUUCUUUGGAUGUUUUAUCUAAAAGAGGUGAUGGUGUAGCCAACAAUAACAACCAAGAGAUACUAAAAGAUAUUGAGAGGGAUAUCAGUGACACUUUGGUGAAAAUUCGUAAAUGCAAAGCGUAUUCUGAGAGGCGAGCCCUCUGGGCGGAGCUUAAGACGUUAAAAAAAGAACUUAAAGUAAGGGAACGACGAAUUGUUCAAGAAUUGUUGGUUGGAGCGAACGUAAUUUUAUCCACUUUGCAUGGUUCAGGAUCAUAUGAGCUUUUGUCAUUAUAUAAAGAAAAUGCAGUUUUAGGAGGAAAGGCUCUAUUUGAUACGAUAAUAAUCGAUGAAGUUUCGCAGGCUUUAGAACCACAAUGCUGGAUACCUUUAGUAUCUCAUCCUGGUUUCAAAAGAUUAAUAAUUGCAGGAGAUAACAUGCAAUUACCUCCUACAGUUAAAUCGAAAGAGGAUUUGGCAAGUGAAAUUUCAAAAUUGGCUAUCAGAAAUGAAGAGGUUGCGAAUUUAGAAGUGACUUUGUUUGAUAGAUUAGUGAGAGAUCUAGAGGGUAAUCGGUUCAAGAAGCUUUUGAACGUUCAGUAUCGAAUGAACGAUGCAAUAAUGAACUUCCCGUCAAAUGAAUUAUAUGGUGGCCAACUCAGAGCAGAUAAGAGUGUUGCUAAUAUUUUGAUAACAGAUCUUCCUAAUAUUUCAGACUCGGAUGAUUUAGACAUAGCGUGUCUUUGGUUUGAUACUCAAGGAGGCGAUUUUCCAGAAAAGUCGGACGAAAAUAACGAUUCUGGCUUAAAUGUUGGGUCUAAAUACAAUGAAAUGGAAGUUCAUGUUAUCCUUCAACAUUUAAAAAAACUUUUAGAUUCAGGAGUUUCACCGCAAGACAUAGGUCUAAUUUCUCCUUACAGUGCCCAGGUAUCAUUGCUAAAACGUACCUUGCAGAAAGAAGAUAUCGAAGGUGUUGAGGUCUCGACCGUUGAUGGAUUUCAGGGAAGAGAGAAGGAAGCAAUCUUGAUCUCAUUAGUGAGAUCUAAUGAUUCUAGGGAUGUAGGAUUUUUAAAGGACAAACGGCGUUUGAAUGUGGCUAUGACGAGGCCGAGAAGACAACUCUGCGUGGUAGGUGAUCUAGAAUUAAUGGCCACAAGUGGAAUAAAAUUUUUGAUGAAUUGGUCUUCGUACGCUGAGCAAGAAUUCGAGAUUCGAUAUCCCAUUCUAGAUAAUUACUGA